AAUUGCAGUGGCUCGAGCCUCCGCCGCGGCCAUAGGUCGGUCCGAAACCCUGGGUCCGGCCCACACCUAUAAUAAAGCCCACUAGCGGUCCAGACAGGAGCCGGAAGUGGCACCGGCCGCCGCCGAACGUGUCCACUGUUCAGUCGGCUCGAGUAACAACAGCAAUAGAAUGGGUGGCGGCGGCGGGAGCCCGGCAGCGAGCGGCGGGAGCAGCAGCAGCGAGGAUGACGGAGACGCCGCGUGGAAGGCAGCCAUUGACUCCAUCGCGUCCGUUGGGUUCAGCGUCCCUUCGUCCAACGGCGUGGCGAAGGCAGCCUCUAGCGGCAGCCGCGAGGUGAACAACCGCGCUGAUCUGGAAGAGCCGCGUGAGGGGAAGCCAAAGAGUCCUGGGCUUAAGCUGUACCAGGUCAAGGUAAGAAACAUGUUGGAUGAUAUGUUAGAGAAAAAUCUCGAAAUAGUCAAAGCUCCGUGCUUGAACUUAGUAGACCCCAUGGAAACAGGAGGAGGAAUAAAGUUAUUUAAAAAAGCACCACCUGGUAUUAGCAUGGAUUCUACGGAUAAAUGGCACGUGCAACUCAAGCGACCAAGAAUCGUGCCUGGGGAAGAGGUCGAUGAGAAAUCAAAGAAGUUCCGGCAUAUGCUCCGGUCUGUUGUUGUCGACGGCAGUGACAUAGUUGUUUCUGCAAAGAAAGCAUCUGAGAGAUCAUUGGCUAGAUUGGAAGUGAGAGAAGCUGCAGCAAAGGCAAAAGCCAAGAGGGAGGAAGAAAGGGUGCAGGAACUAAAGAAGGUUAGGGGAGAGAAAUGGCUUCCUUCUGUUGCUAGACAAAUGAAGGAGGAAAAGGCUUGGGAGCUGCGAAGGCAAUGAGCUGAUGAUGCGCCAGAUCAAUGGGGCUGCGUAGGCUUAUCUCCGAGUCCAGUUAUCCUGGUGCCUGUUCUGAGUGGCCACAAAAGUAAUGUGGCCUAUUUCUGAAGUUUGGCGAUGGCAAUAGGAUUAGCAGAAAGAGUACAUAGAAUGGAAGCUUUGUUCUAACUGAGAAUGUAGCACUGGAUAUGCCAGCGUUCAUUUCCAUUUAACUUAUGUAGUAAAAUUUGUGGCUCUGAUGUUCCAGAAUAUGAUUUGACAUCAAACUCUUUUGGAAGUGCAUUGCGAAUCGUUGUCUUGUUUC